UUUUUAAAUAAUUUAUGUUUGAAAUUAUGCGAAAAAAGUUUGCAAAUUAACACAUUUCAUGUUGAUUUUGAAAUUGGAGCUCAUCAGGCAAUUACAGACGUGUUUGGAAAUAUUAAAAUAAUUGGAUGUAGAUUUCAUUUAGGACAAUCAUGGUGGAAAAAAGUAAGAAACAGUUAUAUAAUAUAGUGCUUUUUUACUAAAAUAUAAUAAUUUGUUUGUAGAUUGUUGGCGAACCUUCACUCAGAAUAGCAUACAUGGACAACAGUAAUGAACUAGGGAAAUGGUUGAAAAUGUUUUUUGGUUUGGCGUUUAUUUCCCCAGAAGAAGUAGUUGAUGCAUUUCACGAGUUAAUAUCAAUUUGUCCAAAUGAUGACGGUUUCAUAUUUUCUGAUUACAUUAUACACAACUAUAUUGAAGAUCACUGCCAGUUUCCUCCAAAUAUUUGGGCGGAAACUCCUUCGCUAAACCCAAGAACGACCAAUGCAGCUGAAAGCUUUCAUCGCACGUACAAUUCACAGUUUUAUUCACCUCACCCCCAUGUUCAUACAGUCGUUAGGGUAUUGAUCGAAACACAAGCGGAAACAUCGACUAAGAUCAAUUCAAUUCGACACAAGCCUGGAAAAUUACAAUCCGCAAAAGAAAUAAAAAAAAAUGAAUUGAAUAUUCAAGCCUACAGCCAGUUUUUAAAUCGUAAGAAUACGGAAUCUUUAUUAAUUUAUUUAAGUCAAAUUGGAAGCAGAUACCAAGGUGUAUCAAUUUAAUUUAUUAUUAUCAAAAAAUCUAGCUAGGUAUAUUAUACUGUAUUAUAAUAUGAAUGU